GAGCUUAUAAAACAAUAAUUCAACGCACGAACGUCACAGACACAGUGCUCAGCCUCAGGUUGUUGUUGUAACUUCGAAUUUGAGUAAAGAUAAUAAUUUAAGACAGAUCUGCAUUUCAGAUCUAGCUUACAAAAGUGCUAGAUUUAUGCACAUUCGUGCUGAUGAAAUUUCAUGAGUAUGGAUCUUCGUAAAGCUUCUUUGAUUGUCGGUUUGUUGGUCGUGUUUUUGGCUGCUUGCACGACCGCUCAGUAUCAACCCAACUGGGAUUCUCUGGACUCGCGGCCCCUGCCCGCCUGGUACGACCAAUCCAAGUUCGGUAUCUUCAUUCAUUGGGGAGUCUUCAGCGUUCCUAGUUUCUCAUCUGAAUGGUUUUGGUGGCAGUGGAAAGGCAGCAAACAGCAAGAUGUGGUCCAGUUUAUGGAGGACAACUACAGACCUGACUUCACCUAUGCCGAUUUUGCUCCUGAUUUCAGGGCAGAAUUCUUUGAUCCUGAUCAGUGGGCAGAAAUUUUGCAAGCAUCUGGAGCAAAGUAUGUUGUUCUAACAAGCAAACAUCAUGAGGGCUUUACAAACUGGCCUUCAAAAUAUUCCUGGAACUGGAACUCAAUGGACGUAGGACCAAAGAGAAAUCUUGUUGGUGAUCUAGCUGCUGCUGUAAGGAAUAAAACCAAUAUUCACUUUGGACUCUACCACUCUCUAUUUGAAUGGUUUAACCCUCUCUACCUCAAAGACAAGGCUAAUAACUUCACAACCCAGGAGUAUUGUGAGAAAGUGUUAUGGCCUGAGUUGUUCGAGUUGGUGAAUACCUUUGAACCCGACGUCCUGUGGUCAGAUGGAGAUUGGGUUGCACCUGAUACAUACUGGAAUAGUACCGAGUUCCUAGCAUGGCUGUACAACUCCAGCCCAGUGAAGGACAAGAUAGUGACCAAUGAUCGCUGGGGCAGUGGGGAUAUGUGCCAUCAUGGAGGAUACUAUACUUGUAGUGACAGAUUUAACCCUGGUGUUCUGCAGAAACAUAAAUGGGAGAACUGUAUGACUAUUGAUAAGGCAUCCUGGGGAUUCCGACGCAACGCUCCUCUUGCUGAUUAUCUUGAUAUGGAUGAACUCAUUGAAUUGCUCGCAAGCACUGUCAGCUGCAAUGGUAACCUACUGAUGAACAUUGGGCCGACGGCUGAUGGUCGUAUUGUACCCAUCUAUGAAGAACGUCUUAGAUCCAUGGGUGAUUGGCUGAAGGUGAACGGUGAAGCGAUCUUUGAAACCAGGCCUUGGAGGGCACAGAAUGAUACUGUCACUAAAGGAAUCUGGUAUACCAACAAGACUACUGGUGUCUAUGCUAUUGUAAUGGACUGGCCGGCUAACAAUGAGCUGUUUCUAGGUGCCCCUAUACCUUCCUCUCAGUCUUCCCUGUUCAUGUUGGGGUAUAACCAGCCAUUGAAGUGGUCUGGAUAUGCUGGUAAACCUGGUAUCCACGUUACCAUGCCCCAACUCAACCCAGCAACAAUGCCAUGUCAGUGGGCUUGGGUGAUUAAGAUGAAGAUGGUACAAUGAGGGAAGGGCAUGGGAUGUGACAUUGGUGCAACGGGGGGGGGGGGGGGGGGGGUUCUAAUGAAGGAGAUUAUAUGGUGAGAAUGCCUAUCUGAGCCAGUUAGGGGAUGAUGAAAAAUAUAUUUGAUUGGAGAAAUAAGGAUUACUUAUUGCAUGGCUGGAUAGGGUGGAUUUUAAAUGAACAUGUCAUCUUAUUUACAUGUACAGUUGCAAUUAUAUUGAAAUGUGUUACAUGAGGAGUGUGGUGUGGUCAUUAUUAAUACAAUCCUCAGGCCUGUAGUGUCACAAGAAAAGAAAUUGGAACAUAGAAGAAAUGGAAAUGGAUGAAUACUGGUAGAAAACAAUUGCCCUGUAUCAUUUUAAGUUUUGGAAAUGAAUUCAUGAAAUUAUGAAAUGAAGAUUUUAUUAACACAUUUUUUUUCUUGGCCCAGGGUCUCUGUUAUUGCAUCUAUGUUAUAUUGCAGGAGUAUUGCCUCCUCGUACUCAGACAUUAAUCAGUUAUAAAUCUGUUCAUUUUUAUUUCUGAUUUAUAAAUGCUAUUAGUAAUCAGUAAUGUAGAGUGAUGAUGAGAUUAUGAGAUUAUAUAAAGGUUAUUUUUUGUAUUUUCUUUAUCGAUAAGUUGAUUUACAUGUUGUAGGGUAAAGUACAUGAAUGUAAGACCCAAGCUUCAAAGUACAAGUACUGUAAGUCUGUCUUUGUUAGAGGUUGUCUUGUAAAUUCCAUAGUAGAAUGCAUUUACAAGUGCUGCAGUAAAACUUACUUAUAUUUUUAAAUUACAAGAAUAAGGUUUGAGCAAAAUGAUUAGGGAUCGAUGUCAUAAAGAACAUUCUCAUUUAGUCUGAGACCAAAUAAAGAGAUCUAUGAUUAAAUACCAGAUGUGAAUAUAAAAUCUGCAGUGUUUCAAUUGGAUGUAUUCAUCAUGAGAUGGUAGAAUGAGAAUGUUCUGACAAACUGAAAUCUGAAAUUUCCCAAAUUUUUUGUGUAAAAAAUGAAAAUUCACAAGAAGUAUGAGUUGUUUUAAAAAUUUUAAAACUUUAUCUCACUGGAUAGUGAGAAAAAAAUUAAGGAUCAGAAUGGCUAACAAUAGUAAUAAUGAAACAGAAUUUCCAUUAAAAAUCAUAUUACCCCAAAUGACUCUUGUGACUUGUGAAAAUACAUGCUCAAUCAUGCAUGGCUUGCUGGAUUGAUAGUAUUUUCACACAGAAGUUAUAAUAGUCUAUAUACACUCCUGCUGAAUUGUUUUCUUAAGAAGUUUAUACUAGUAUGAAUUAAGGAUGAUCUUUUUUGUUCAUAAUUUCAUAUGAGGGAAUGUACAUACAGCCUGCCUACAUUAUU